AGAAAAGACAUCACUCUGCAAUUAUUCGUUGAGGUCGAUCGGGUGCCAUGCUGCUUAGCUCUACCGCAUUCCGGAUACAUACCCUGAAUUCUACCUGCUUCAUGUGCUUUCGGUGUGCGAAGCAGUAAAGCAGUGGUGGUCCGAUCUUGGAUAGAGACAGAAAAUGUCAAUCGAAUAUCGAUGGAUGAUGCGAAAGUCGCAGAGCUAAAGAAAUUUAUCGAUGGAUGCAAGUCAAAUCCUUCACUUCUUCACAAUCCAUCUCUUUCAUUCUUCAAGUCUUAUCUUCUCAGCUUAGGUGCUCGGCUACCUCCAGAACCAAAAACGGAGAAAGUUGAAGACAUGUCAGAGCACUCUGAUGCUAAAAGAGCUGAUUUAUCUAGAGAAGAUGAAGAUGAAAUUGUAGAAUCUGAUAUCGAAUUGGACGAUACUGGUGUUAUUGAACCUGAUAAUGACCCUCCUCAGAAGAUGGGAGAUUCUUCUGCUGAGGUAACAGAAGAUCAGCGGGAUGCUGCACAAGUUGCAAAGUCCAAGGCCAUCGAUUCUAUUUCAGAAGGCAUGUUGGAUGAUGCAGUGGAUCAACUAACAGAAGCCAUUGUCUUGAAUCCCCAUUCAGCAAUACUUUAUGCUACUAGAGCUAGUGUCUUUAUCAAGAUGAAGAAACCAAAUGCUGCAAUUCGUGAUGCUGAUACUGCUUUGCAGAUUAAUCCUGACUCAGCUAAAGGAUACAAAAUACGGGGAAUGGCAAGGGCCAUGUUGGGAUUAUGGGAGGAAGCAGCUAGUGAUCUUCAUGUGGCUUCAAAGUUAGAUUACGAUGAAGAAAUUGGAAUGCAACUUAAAAAAGUUGAACCUAAUGCCCGCAAAAUUGAGGAGCAUAGGAGAAAAUAUGAACGCUUGCACAAGCAAAGGGAUCAGAAGAGAGCUGAGCUGAAGAAGAAACAACAAGCAGAAGCUCAAGUUCAAGAAUCAGUAUCUGCUUUAAAAGAUGGACAAGUCAUUGGUAUUCAUUCUGUUGGUGAACUGGACAAGUUGUUGAAUGCUGCUUCAAAGACAUCUCGCUUGACAGUCCUGUAUUUUACUGCAACAUGGUGUGGUCCCUGUCGUUUCAUUGGGCCUCAUUUUACAAGCUUGGCUGAUAAGUACCCAAAAGUUGUAUUUUUGAAGGUUGACAUAGAUGAGGCAACAGAUGCGGCUGCACGCUGGAAUAUUAGCAGUGUUCCUGCCUUUUUCUUUAUUAAGAAUAGUAAAGAGGUUGACAGUUUGGUGGGGGCAGACAAAAGUUCACUUGAAAGGAAGGUAGCGCAACAUGCAGGCUCUUCUUAAGUGAACACGUUAUCAGAACACAGUUUUUUUUUUUCCUCUUGCUCUUUUCUCUGUUUAUAUGUCUAUUUUGUCAUAAAUAGUCUUAGAAAACGUGGCUUGUGUUUUGUGUCUGCUGGCAUGUCUGUUUGCUUGUCCAAAAGGUUCGCGUUCACUUGGAACAAAUUCAUACUUUCCUGCCUGUUUUGUAAGAUAUUUGAUGACUUAAAUGGGGAUAGAAAAAUUCAACGUGAGAAUUGUAUCUGGAGACAAACUUGUAUCAUAUCUUUUUCACUAGAA